AUUUGGGCAUUUUUUUAGCAGGCCUAUUUAACUAACGUCAUCACGCGUCUAACAUUUCCUAAUCUCUUUUUCCCCUAAACAACUAUCGACUAUUUGCAAUUAGGGUUUUUCUCAUCUUCCGUUGAGUUUUAUCGAAGUUUUAGCGUUUCAAUCGAAGAACGAUGAGGCCUGUUUUCGUUGGAAAUUUCGAGUACAAUACUCGUCAAACUGAUCUUGAGCGACUUUUCUCCAAGUAUGGCAGAGUUGAACGCGUUGAUAUGAAAUCUGGGUUUGCUUUUGUUUACUUCGAAGAUGAACGUGAUGCGGAUGAUGCCAUUCGUGCUCUUGACAAUGUUCCGUUUGGUCGUGACAAGCGCAGGUUGUCAGUGGAGUGGGCCAAGGGUGAAAGGGGUAAGGCCCGUGAUGGAUCCAAGGGAGGAAGAGUCACUAAGACCUUGUUUGUCAUUAACUUUGAUCAAAUAAGAACACGUGAUCGGGAUCUAGAGAGACACUUUGAACCUUACGGAAAGAUUUUGAGCGUCAGAAUUAGGCGGAACUUUGCAUUUGUGCAGUUUGAAACUCAGGAAGAUGCUACUAAGGCUCUUGAACACACCAACAUGAGCAAGCUCUUGGACAGGGUAAUCUCAGUUGAAUAUGCCCUCCGCGAUGACGAUGAGAGAGAUGACAGGCUUCGCAGCCCUAGAGGUUAUGGCCGGAGCCCUCUGCGGCGCUCCCCAAGUCCACAUUUUCGUCGCAGUAGGCCAAGUCCUGACUAUGGUCGACCUCGUAGCCCUGUUUAUGAUCGAUAUGAUGGUCCAGCUUAUGAGAGGAGGCGUACUCCUGAUUAUAUUCGAUACCGCAGCCGAUCACCAAUUCGGAGGUCAAGAACUUGAAGCUUCAAGCACUUCAUCAUGUAGGAUAUGAAAGUACUAGGCUUAUUGUUCUCUGAGAACUUUAGAAGUAUCUAGUUUGAGGAAUUUGGAAUUUUGAAGCGCACUUGCUGACUGUUAUGCUCUCGUUUAGAAUCCUGUAAUAUAUCUUAUGUGGAAUACUUUGGUCUAUAUCUCUGUGAUUGAAACAUCAAUGACACUAGUCUACAUCUUGUGAAAUAUUAAUGGAUUUGGUCUAUUUCUUUGUGAAACUUAGACAAAUAUUUAUGUGAAAUAUCAUGGUUUUGGUAUC